AUGGUACGACCGCGGGUUUCUCUGGCGCCCAACCGGCUCAAUCACGCUGGCAGCGAGCUGGACGAGAAAAUUGCGGCCAAGAAAAGAGAGCUGCAGCAGCUGGUUCAGCUUCGACAGUAUUCUUCCGACCUCGCAGAUGAGUUGGAGGGACUGGUGCAACACGUGUCGUGUCUUGCAGAAGAGACAGAUGUGGUGGCGGAGGUAAUGGGCAACUGGGCAGCCGUGAUUCGCGCCAUCAAUCUCGCCUCCACGGCUCUGGCAAGAUAUACUGAGGAGGACUAUCGGGAGCCGGUUCUUCCGGAGCAGCUCAUUCGAGUGCCUUUGGAGGACGAGCAGGAGGAGUAA